AUGAAAGAUGUACUUUCAGAAAUGAAUGUUUCUUUGUUCAAGCCUCGUAAAGACCAAUGUGACGUGUGUCUGGCCUAUACUAACGGACAUUUACCAGAAAAUGAGUACGAGGUUCAUCAAGCUGAAAAGAAGAAAGCAAGAGACGAAAAAAGUAAAGAUAAACUCAGGGCUUUGGAGGGUGAAUGCCAUGUCUUUACCAUGGAUGUCCAAGCUGUUAAAUUGUCUCCGAUGACGAAAGCCAAUGCUCUUUACUAUCGGACUAAGCUAUGUAACCACAAUUUUACAAUCUACAAUCUUGCCACAAGUGAUGCAACAUGUAACUGGUUCGAUGAAACUGUUAGUGACGGCUCAGCAUCAACUUUUGCUGCUUUUUUGGUUCAUUACUUGGAAUCCAAUUUUCUGGGAAAGGGUGAUAAUCGCCCUAUUAUAAUAUACUCUGAUGGUUGUACAGCGCAGAACCGAAAUGUAAUAAUGUCCAAUGCACUAUUAAGUCUUGCCGAAAAAUGUGAUGUUGAAAUAAUUCAAAAGUACCUUACCAAAGGACACACUCAAAUGGAGUGCGACUCCGUCCAUAGUACUAUUGAAAGUGCGUUAAAAAAUCGUGACAUCUAUUUGCCCAGUGAUUAUCACCGUAUUGUUCAGGAAGCAAGAAAACGAAAUCCGUAUGAGGUUUUCGUGCCAACUUUUGAUUUCUUUCGUGAUUAUGGAUACAAAUCCCUGUUAAAGCAUACAUCGAUACACCCUGGUCGAAGUGUUGGAAAUCCUGUGUUUGUUCAACUCAAAGCUAUAAAAUACACCAGUAAGGGCAUAUCUUACAAACUGCAAUUUGAUGAAGAAUACCGUCUGUUACCACAAAGACCAAAAAAUAUAGACCUUGCUCACCCUGAAUUUCCAUAA